CCCUGCCUCAAACAUGCAUAGGGUACGCUGGCUGCCUCUCUGCGUGCGCCUGUGUAUUGUGAAGGCACGGUGACGCGUUUUUGCAGUGGUGUGUGUUGGUGUUUGGUGUGAUGGUGCCCCGUGGUGAGAGAGGAGGCUGUCGGUGGGAAGGUGUACCCAAAACGAAGGGUGGACGCCUUGCUGCUUCACGGGCCCUACCUGAGAUCAAUACGCCCUCCCAUCCCAGCACCCACACCCGCCUGCCAGCCGCACAACUCAAGUCCAACGCUCCUACGCCUCUCACGCUCAUCUCCAGGCCUAUGCACUUAUUGGUGACACGGGGGAGCUCACUCUCAUGCUUUGUAAUGGCCAGAGAGACGCGAUAUUUGUGAGUGGCAAGGGCAGGGAGGCGGGGGUAGGAGCGCAUCGGCGGAGGCGAUGCGGCAGCUUUGGUGGUGGCGGUGAUGGUGGUGGUAGAGAGCUCAGUGUGGUCGAAGACAGGGUGAGAGAAGGAGGUCCGGGUCGGCGCGGACCGCGGGGACGGGACAAGGACCCUUUCGCACGUGUAGACUCAUGUGCAUCACUGCCAGACUCCGAGUGCUUAACCCGCCCCUGUGUGUCCGGCGGAGUGCGAGUGGCGCCAGAGAGUAGCGAGGGAGAAGUUGAGACAGGCGAGUGUUGAGUUGAGUGACCGUAGAGGAAGAGGUGUAGGCAGCCCCGUUAGAGGACAAAGGCCCAAAGCUGUACACACUACCAGCCUGCCACGAUUCUCUCCAAGCUUUUUGAUCCGUGUGUGUGUGCUGGAGAUUGCCCCUCCGCUGUGUGUGUAUGUCUGUAUGUGCGUGCGUGUUAGACAGUAGACAGUACCAUUAAGGAACCGUUCGGACAGCGACGAGGAACAGCCUCACUUCAUGUCACCCCAUCACUGCCCCAUCCAAUGAUCUCCUGAUUCUGUGCUCAAGUCGAGGACGUGUAGCUCGUAGGUAUUACAAGUGAAGCCAGCGUCACCCAGCACCACUGCCAGUGUUCAGGGAAGCACAUUCACUACCAUCACCACUGCCAAUCAUUACAAAACACCCAAGCUUCUGUACUCCGCCAAGCCGCCACAGCCACCUUCUCCCCUGCAGCCCCGUGAUCCAUUAGCCUGCCUGGGCAAUCAAGGCAUUCCAGCAGGUUCUCUACAUAGAUCCAGGCUUCAGCCGCGCCAAUGAGGUUCACUUGCGUCUGGGGUUGAUGUUCAAAGUCCAGAGUGACUAUGAUUCGUCUUUGAAACACUUCCAGUCAGCCCUCGUUGACGCCGGCCCAUCCUCCUUCUCCAAGCUUGAGAUCCAGUUUCAUGUUGCACACUUGUACGAGCUGCAGAACAAACACAGGUGUGCGCGGGAAGCCUACGAGAACCUGCUGAAGGAAGCUGACUUGCCCAACCAUCUACGGGCAGACAUCCAGCGCCAGCUAGGAUGGAUGUACCACACUGUUGACACUCUAGGAGAGAAGUCAUACCGGGAACUCACAGCCGUUCAGUACCUCCAGAAGUCCAUUGAGGCAGACCCCAAGAGUGGCCAGAGUUUGUACUUGCUUGGCCGCUGCUACUCUGCCCUGGGGAAGGUUCACGACGCCUUCAUUGCCUACAGGAACUCAGUGGACAAGUGUGAAGGGAAUGCUGACACCUGGUGCUCCAUAGGAGUCCUGUACCAGCAGCAGAACCAGCCAAUUGAUGCCCUUCAGGCGUACAUCUGUGCAGUGCAGUACGACAAGGGACACACCGCAGCCUGGACUAACUUGGGCAUCCUAUAUGAGACAUGCAACCAGCCUCGCGAUGCCCUCGCCUGCUACAUGAAUGCCACACGGGGUAACAACAAGGCCGUCAAUCCCAACCUCGCACCGCGCAUCAAGUUUCUCCAGCAGCAGCUGGCAAAUGCUCCCAUGCCGAGUGCAAUAAACAAGCCUCGGCAGCUGCUGAGCAUUGAGGAGGCCUGGAAUCUACCUGUCACCACAGACAUGUCCAACAGGCAGCAGACUGGCCAGAACCAGUCCGCCAGCCAGCGACCCCUGGCGGCCGGGGCCAGCGGCUACCAGAAGUAUGGGUCACCUUAUGUGGCCACCGGCUCCACAGGGCCGCCGCCGCCCUACCCAGCGGCAGGAAAUGACGCCAAGCGCUUCAAGCCGGACAUCACAGCCGACCAGCAGCGGCCACACUUCUACCUCAACCAGCAGCAGAUGCAGCUGUUGCACUACCUGCAGCAGAACCAAGCCAACCUGACGCCACAACAGCAGCAGCAACUCACUCAGCUGCAGCAGAACUACAGGGUCAUGCAGCAACAUCAGAUGAAGAUCCACCAGCAGCAGUUACAACAGCAGCAACAGCAGCAGCAGCAACAACAACACCAGCAGCAGCAGCAGUCAGCCGUGCCUGGCCCUCAGGUGUCCCCAAACCUGGGCCAGGCGCCAGGCUACACCCCGGGCGGAACAAUGGUGCGGCCCAGCCCGUCAGGCCACCACAGCUUCACUCCACAGGCCACCAAUGGGGUCAACAGAGGCUAUAUUCCCCAAAGACCCCAGACACCCACCACUAACUUCAGUCAGCCCACCCAGGCAUACUCUCAGCCCUCAUCCACCGGUGGGUACAUCAGCCAGUCCCAAGCCUACACAAACGGAGUGCCCACCACUUCUGCCAACUACAGCUACAACAAUGGUUACAACAACUCCAACAUCAACGAGGCGUUGCCCAAGGACCUGAGUGGCAUCACGCCCGAGACCACUGUCAGCGACCAGGAGCUCCAGGAGUUGAAGGAGCUUAUAAGCCAGAGGGAGUUCACCACGUCACUGGCCGAGGACCUUCUGAACCGCCUAGCGCAGGGCGAGGACGUCAUCGACGAGCUCACCAAGGCCGGCGACGUCGGGCCUGAGGUUGCCCUCCCCAACACCACCUUCUCCACCACCACCACCUCACCCUCCACCACCUCUGCCCCGGCCACGGUCUCCACUUCGGUGAGCCUGCAGCCGGGAAUCCCCCACAUCAAGCAGGAAGAGCCAGAUGUGAAGCCCUCCACUCAGGGCGUCAUAUCAGAAGCCAAGCCCCGCCUGAACAUGAGACUGUGUGAUAUCAAGGUGGAGCCUACAACAGAGCCAGUCUUCUCCAUCAGCAUGGCCAGCACAGAGAUCAUCAACGGGUGCAAGGGUCAAGGCAGCUGUGCACGCAACUCCAGCAUGGUCACGGACAGACAGGUUCCCCCAUCCUUACCAGAACCACCCAAGGUUAUUCUAAACAAGGAGCAGCUACUGCCCAACACACCAUCAGUACUUCUAGACAACAAAAAACUAGCCUUCUCACCACAGCUGCAGGAGUUCUGUCUGCAGCAUCCAAUAGCUGUAGUGAGGGGACUUGCCUCAGCCCUUAAGCUAGACCUGGGUCUCUUUUCAACCAAGACCCUCGUGGAGGCCAACCCUGAACACUCUGUCGAGGUGCGGACCCAGAUGAAGCAGGAGGCCGAUGAGAACCUUGACCCGACCACGGAGGCCAAGGUGUGGCCGUGUGCAAGUCACCGCUCCCACACCACCAUAGCCAAGUAUGCCCAGUACCAGGCGUCCAGCUUCCAAGAGAGCCUCAAAGAGGAGCAGGAUAGGAUAGCCGCCGGCGCCCCAAAGACUGACGAUAGCAAGAAGAAAAAGACUCCCAAGACGAUUAAAUUUGGUACAAAUGUCGACCUCUCAGAUGAAAAGAAGUGGCGACCGCAGCUGCAGGAGCUGAUGAAGCUACCGGCCUUCGCGAGAGUGGUGUCAGCCGGCAACAUGUUGUCCCAUGUGGGUCACCCAAUUCUGGGCAUGAACACUGUGCAGCUGUACAUGAAGGUGCCGGGCUCCAGAACACCCGGCCACCAGGAGAAUAACAACUUCUGCUCCAUCAACAUCAACAUUGGCCCCGGGGACUGUGAGUGGUUUGGUGUGCCUGACGCUUACUGGGGAGUCAUCGCCAACAUGUGUGAGAGGAAUAGGACCAAUUACCUCCAUGGGUCCUGGUGGCCCGACCUUCAGGAAUUGUAUGAUGAGAAUGUUCCUGUGUACCGUUUCCACCAGAAGCCGGGAGAUAUGGUCUGGGUCAACUCAGGUUGUGUUCACUGGGUGCAGGCCGUGGGUUGGUGCAACAACAUAGCAUGGAAUGUGGGGCCACUCACAGCCCGCCAGUACACCCUUGCUCUAGAACGCUUCGAGUGGAACAAACUGCACAGCUUCAAGUCCAUUGUACCUCUUGUUCACUUGUCGUGGAACCUGGCACGGAACAUCAAGGUGUCUGAUCCCAAGCUCUUUGAGACCAUCAAGGGCUGCUUAAUGAGAUCAUUCCGUCAAGUCUGUCUGUCACUAGACUUUGUGAAGCAGUGUGGCCUGCAGACCAAGUUCCACGGGAGGACAAGGACUGAUGCCUCACACUAUUGUGGUAUCUGUGAGAUAGAGGUGUUCAACGUGCUGUUUGUGAAGGAGCAGGAGAGGCGGCACGUGGUCCACUGCAUCGACUGUGCGCGUCGCCAAGCCCCGCGCCUCGAGGGCUUCGUGGUGCUGGAAGAAUACCACUUAAAUGACCUCUGCCAGGUGUAUGACAACUUUGUGUUGCACUCGGUGCAGGGACAGACGUUACCAGGCCAAGUACCAACCCCACCCCCUUCCUCCUGCACCCCCACCCCCCUUACAUGACCAACCCCAGCCCUAGUGGUGGCACCCUUGUCCUUGUGACAUGGGAAGGGCUUAAGCCACACUACAUCAAUACCAGGAAUCUAAAUGAAUAUUGCCCCUAAAUGGACAAAGCUGUAGAUCCAUUUUUCCCAAGAGACACUCAGCAUUAGUGUGUUGUAGUGCAUUACUGCAGAGAUGAGGCAAUGCACUACAAAUAGUCUAAGGUAUAACUAAGAUUACCAUCACUGCCAGUGCACCUUCCAGAAAGAGGCCUUCCUUUGUUGACUCCUCACAGUCACAUUGGCCACAUUUUUCACACCUGAUCUACUUGGAGGUGAUUGCAGUGAGAAAAAAGGGCAUUAUGAAAUGGUGCCUGAAUGAAGAGUGAAUGGGGAAAAGUGUGAUGUAUGUGAUUGUGAAAUAAGCACAUUGGAACUGUAUCUUGUUUUGCCACUCUGCCAGGCAUGAUGAUCUCAACGACUCAAGGAAAUGGGGCAGAUGCAACACUGACUAUGAGUGAUCUGGACAAGUGUGUUUGUGCCGACGUCCAGUGUGAGAAACUCUGUACAUGCAGUUUUCAGGACCCACCAUGUUCUUUCUUGAUAAUGUAGUGGUUGCCAAGAUUGCGGAACAGCCAGUGCUGACGUUAGCUGUAGUUGGGGUGGUAGAUAUUGCGUGUGGUUGGUGGUACUUCCCGAUCUUUAUUUAUUAGCCUUGCCUGCGCAUUAUGUUCUCUUCCAAGUUACCAGCUGAAGGGACUGGCCUAGUUAUAGUCAUGCAGACGUGUGUGUGGAUGUGUGUGUGAUUGGGUGUGUGAGUAUGUAUGUGUAUGAGUGUGCAUUAAAAGUUUCAAAUCACUGCCACAAGAAGUGAGUGUUUUUUAUCUUGUGAUAAUCUCAACUGCCACAAAAUCUUAAAACUGAAACUCUCACUUAGAGCUUACCCAAUCAUAGAUCUUUCCACAUGCAGUGUUCUGGAAUAUUUGUGAUCAGCAGUUUAAUGCCUGAAUUGGAGGACUUGAGUUGGCACGCGCCCCAGCUAGUGUCCCACCCCCAAACCAGCAUCCGUCCUCUGGUGUCCAUGAAGGAUGGUGGGCAGGGAAGGGCAGGUCGUCUUGGUUUCCGUUUCCCCGCCAUUUUUACAGGACAUCUCCCGUUGCGUCACCGCCACUGGGAGUCCGGCAUCACCGCCCAUGUUGUGGCUCGCCUGGCAUUACGUGCAACACUACAAAAAGUUUUAUGACAAUUCUAUUGGGUUAUUAAUUAGUUUAAUUUUCGGUAGGUUGAUAAUUGUUAUGAUUUUCUUGUUGAUUAUAUGUUAUGACGUGAAGAAAUUUACUUUUUUUUUUGUGAGUUUAUGGAUUUUUCUUUGUUUUUUGGUGGAAGUGAGGUGUUUUCCCAUUAGAGGCUCAUGUCAGGUGAAAUGAUGAGCAGCAGCCCUCCAGGAAGCCUCAGGAUGCUUGAGAGGAGCUGAGUGAAUGAUAAGUGAAUGCUCAACAAAUUGUACCUGAAAUGGGCGUGCCUAAGGAAGUAAGUUCCACACAAUAGAUUUUUUCCGCCAAUGCUGUUGACCACAAGUCCAUAUGAUUUCCUAGCAUUGUGGAAGUCUGAAAAAGUUGUGAGCUCUGAGCUGAGAUCUCUUAAACAAUAUAUCCAUACCAGAAGGCUGUGCACCAAGGGCCAGGUGCUUAGACCGGACGCACGCGACUGCACCACCAAAUUAUCCAUUGCCGUAGUGAGCGAGCGGCUCCGCCACGGGCAGCAGCAGAGCUCCAUGCGCCGUCUAAGGACUCUGGUCCCUCUUCCUCUCCACUCCUCCCUAUUGACUCACCCCAAACCUCCUUCCUGUAAAACAUUGUGUCUUGUAUAGUUUUCAUGUGACACAUUCUAGUUUGUCCUCAGUAUUACACAUGGAACAUAUUCAUGCUUUUAUAUGAAAUUCAUCUGUCCUGUGUGUGAACAAGUGUCCAGUCACAUCCAUUAUAUUUUGUAGCCAUGCAGUAGCUGAGUGUGGCCCAAAUAAUUUUUCCCUCUAGCAGGUUUUUGUAAAUCAAUCUCUUGAAUUCCUUACAGUUAGGUUUUAUUUAUGUUAUUUAAUAUGUAUGGAGUUUUCUAUUUGUAUGUAAUGUAUAGAACACCCCAAGCCCACUUUCUCACGGUGUUGGAGGCGCCCCCGCCCGGGGGGGUCUCUUCUGUACAAUUUUGGGAGUAGGGUUUUUUCUCGAAAAGUGGACAUAGUUAAUAAGGUGUGGGUGGAGUGGAACUAUUUGUAACAACUGUUGGAGUAACAAUUCAGUUUUGUUAAAGGCUUUCCAAAAUAUUUUGCAAGAAAGAAUUUUAUUAGCUUUAUAAAAAUCAUAUCAUCCACCUCACAAAUUCAUACAUUUCAGAAAUUUCAUCUACGUUUAUCCAGAAAAGUUUAGUUGAGAGAGCUUCUCCGCUCACACCUGUUUCAGGGAUCUGUGUUGACCUUGUGUCCAGUACUGUACAUAGUAAGUCCGCUAAUAAAGCCUAACCCCACUGG